CGGGAGGGACGCUUUUGGCUGCGGCGCAACGCGGAAGCGUCUUGGCCGAGCGCAGCUGAGGCCGGCUUCUCUUGAGCGCCGCCGUCCCCGGCCCGCACCCUGCCGCUGCCAUGGCCUCCGAUUUCGAGGGCUUCGAGCAGGACUUCGCGGUGCUGACAGCGGAGAUCACGGGCAGGAUCGGGAAGGUGCCCAAGCUGCUGGGUGAUGAGAAGAAGCUGAUGGUUGCAAAUGUGGAGAAACAGCUAGAAGAAGCAAGAGAACUGCUUGAACAGAUGGAACUUGAAGUUCGCGAAAUCCCCGCCCAAAGCCGAGGAAUGUAUAGCAGUAGAAUGAGGAGCUACAAACAAGAAAUGGGAAAACUGGAAGCAGAUUUUAAAAGGUCACGGAUUGCCUAUAGUGACGAGGUGCGGAAUGAGCUCCUAGGGGAUGAUGGGAAUUCCUCAGAGAACCAGAGGGCACAUCUGCUCGAUAACACAGAGAGGCUGGAAAGGUCAUCUCGGAGACUAGAGGCUGGAUACCAAAUAGCAGUGGAAACCGAGCAGAUUGGACAGGAAAUGUUGGAAAACCUGAGCCAAGACAGAGAGAAGAUCCAGCGUUCUCGGGAAAGGCUUAGAGAAACAGAUGCAAACUUGGGGAAGAGCUCCAGGAUCCUAACUGGCAUGUUGCGAAGGUAAGGACAAGGAUCAUCCAAAACCGGAUUUUGAUAGUUAUCUUGGCAAUCAUCAUCUUCUUCACCAUCCUGAUGGCUAUUUAUUUUUCUGUCAAGAGACACUGAUAUCUUGGUUCUUCCCUAAACAGCAACAAACUGCUUGUUCUGAGUAAUUAAGACAAAGUGGUCACAUGAAUCACUCUCUCGCACUGACAGAAUCUCCCUGUCUUUGCCGCUAUUCAACUCAGGUGCAAGUAGCGUAAAAAUAUCUUGUAUUAUUGAUUGCAUGUGGAUUUCAUUUUUUCCUUGUUUUUUCCCCUUAAAAUGAAUGUUUUUGGAA